AGGCGGCUUAUAAUUAAUAAUUACAUAUUACAAGAGGUUGUGUUUAAGAAAUUGCAAAUGUAUAUUCUGUUACUUACGGCACGUCGAAGUAUAGAUCGUAAACGUUAGACGGUUAAAUAAACAUAAAAUUUCAAUUACGGCAUUUGUCAUCAGUCUGGCAACACUUUUGGGUUUAUGUUGGUUUCUAAAAUCGCUACUGUAUUCUUCUUUGUCGAGUACUAUAUUUCACGUUUCCCAAAGCUGUUCACAAACUUUAGAAAAGAAAGAAAGAGGAGACAUGGUCAAUUUGCGAAAUAAAGAUAUGUGCGGCGUUGUAUUUAUAAAUGAAAAACAUUUUUUAGUGUUUCAUUGCACGCACUGUGAAAAAGUUUUUGAUGUUUUCGAUAUGUUACUGCUGCAUUUGUCCACUCACUAUAGUUUAGUUAAUCAUGGAAGUUCUGAGGAUGACACAAACGAAAUGGUAGAUGAUGGCGAGAUGAAUUAUUCGCCCGAAGAAUUUGUGGAGAAAGAGACUUUAGAAUUCAACGAUUUCGAUUGUAAUUAUGAGAAGGUGUCUAUAGAAUCAAUUCAAGAGGAGGAAAUUUUUCUACCAGAGGCCGAAUGUGAUCCGACCACAGAAAGUGAUACCAAAUUGAAUGAAGCAGUAGAAAGCAACAAUGAGGAAAAUGAAAAAUUAUAUCCUCGUGCUAAGUACCGUCGCAUUUAUAGUCAGGCAGUGCGGCGGCAUAAGUGCCAUUUAUGCGGUUUCGCUUUUAAAGAUUCUAGCAAUCUAGCUAACCAUCUACGCCGCCAUACAGGGCAGAAGGAUUAUCCAUGCACAGUUUGCCCAAAAAAAUUCUUUACGCGUACAGAACUAGAGGCUCACGAACGACGCCACAAUGGUGAACGACCAUUUUUAUGUACACACUGUGGAAAAGGAUUUGCUACUUCCGGUUCUUUGCUUGAACACACUAAACGACAUACUAAUUAUAGAGCUUUUAAAUGUGAUGAGUGCGGUAAAAGUUUUUACAACGGCUGUCAAUUGCGCGAACAUCAAGCGAUGCACAGUGAUGAGCGUACAGUUGUUUGCACGAGAUGUCCGGCUACUUUUAAGACUAAAAAAAGAUUAAGAGCUCAUAUGAAAAUUCAUUUGAAUUUACGUGAACACAGAUGCAACAUAUGUGGAGCGGCCUUUAAUCAAUCUCCUGGUUUGGCUUCUCAUAUGAAGACAAAACAUAAAAUAGAAAAGAAAUCAUUAAUUUAAUAAGAAAUACAACUAUCAAUUCUUAACUUUGGCUUAGCAUACUUAUAUAAAAAUUCGACUAAUUUAAUGUAAUAAAGGUAUUAAAUGUAUUAAAUAAUAAAAUUCAAAAAUUACUGUUUAAAAAAUAUGUUUUUCUAAAGAUAGAUUAUUAUUUAUACCAGAACAACAAAAAGUUGAGCUACAAGAGGUUUCCUUACUAGUCAAGCUAAAUAAUUAAGUCCAGCCAUAUCCUAAUGUGCACUGGCGAUUUUACUCUAUUUUUAGCUUGGAAUCGCACUCUGCACCAAUAAAUAAAAUCAAAUCAACUUGAUGGUUUUAGAUGAAUUUUUUUGCGCAAUCGGUUGGAUUAUCUAUAUUUA